AUGAAUACUGGCAGUGCCUCUGGUUCUAACAAUCCACACAGCAAUAGCCAUAGCGGCGAGAACAGUCAGAACGAUCAUAAUAUCCAGAGCAGAGAGAAUGAUUCUGCUAGUCAGACCAAUCAGACCAGUCAAAGUAGUCAAAACAGUCAGACCAGUCAAAGUGGUCCAAGCGGCCUGACCAGUCUAAUUGGCCAAAGUGGUCAAAGUGGCCCAAGUGGUCAGAGUUCUCAUGGUAAUUCAGUUGGACAUGCUAAACACUACAACAGUGGCAGCUAUAGUGGCCAAAAUAGUAUCCACAACAGUCGUCGUACCAGCGCUUACAGUGUAAGUAGCAGCGGGAGUGGCUAUGCUUAUGGACAAUCACACUCUCAUGGCCAUUCAUAUGGCUAUGGAUCAGCAUAUCCUCAUACUCAUGGUAAUGCCUAUUCCAACAGUAAUCACGGGCAUUCUUUUGGCCAUGCUCACGGUCUAGCUCACGGUCAGAACCAAGGUCAGAGCCAAGGUCAUGGUUUUGGACAGGGUCAUGGACAGGGUCAUGGACAGGGUCAUGGACAUGGUCACCCUGGUCACAAUCAUGGUCACGGGCAUGGUUACGGUUUUGGCUAUGGUAAUAUCCAUGGUCAACAAUCAUAUAAUCAGGGCCAGUCAUCGGAUCACCCAGAUAAUGCUGAUAUUGGCGGGUAUUCAUUGGCAGAUGCCAUGAACGCUGGAUCUUCUGCAUAUUCCGGACCAGGUUCCGCAUAUAAACAGCGUAGUUCGUCGUUGGUCGAUGAUAAUGGAAUGCUCAUGGAAUUGGAUCCUGAAGCUGCUCUUAUUGCUGCUGAUAAUGCUAUUACGGCUUCCGAGGCAUUGGCUGUUAGUGGUGCUGCUUCGACUCUUCAUAGCGAGGCAGGCUCUCCACUACGGAGCCAUCGUAAUAGUUAUUUGUUUGGUCCUAAUAAGUCAUUUCUUUCAAGUUUGGCAGAGGAAAACGCCGCUUUUGCCUAUACCAAUGCACCCAAUUUCACUGAUUUUGACGCUAGAUUUGGCAACAGUUUACCAUCUUGUGCUAUUUAUGAAACUGAUAACGAAGACGACGAAUUGCUUAGUGUUGAGGAUGGUGCUGCUCCUUUACAUCAUCAAGGAUCUGUGGCAGGCUCAAUUCCUGGUUCUUUCGCAGGUUCAUAUGCCGGUUCUUAUGCGGGAUCACGAGCUGGGUCCGUUGCUGGGUCUGUAGCAGGAUCUGUGGCAGGUUCCAUUGCUGAAUCCAUGGCUGGAAGUGAUUAUAUGAUGCAUCAUCAAUUCUAUACACCAGAAGCACCUAAUCUUCAUAAUCUAGCACCAGAAAUUCUGUCGCUCAUCUUACAAGAAGUCAUGCUACAAGCACCAACCGGCACGGGUCCAUCCGCUUUAGCUAGGAUUUUACCCACUUGUUUUUCUAUGUAUGAUGUUGGUAUUCCCGUGCUUUAUCGACGCGUCUCCUUCCCUAAGCCACAUACUUUUGACAAAUUCCGAAGAUCUAUUGAGAAAUCAGGAUAUGGAAUUCUCGUUAGAGCUCUUGAUUUCAGUACAUUUACCAGUGUAGGUCUAGGUAGAACUGGAAAGAUGAUGAUGGAAAUUCAAAUGGUCACUUCAUCCACUAUUCUAAGCGCACUAGAAAUGUGUCCUAACUUGCAUGAGUUUUCUAUGGCCGAAUCUAUUGAUAUGGAUCUCGAUUCGAGAAUUAUCAAUCAUUUGAUUGAGAAUACCCCUCUUCUAGAUGCAAUUGAUUUCACGGGUUCCACCAGCAAACCUGGCUUUAUUCAUGCCUUGGAACAUUCCAUUUUCUCAUUCGACUCCCACCCAAUCGAAAACCUAACCAAAAUCUCCUUUCACGCAUGCUCCACAGUUUCUUCCGAGACGUUUGGUCGUAUCUUUCCUAAGCUCUGCAAUCUGACUCGUAUCGAUCUCACACAUACUCAAAUUACUCCGGAUGCGCUUCUUUCUUUACCGUCUUCGGCAAGUUUGACACAUCUCUCCCUAGCAAAAUGUGUCAAGUUGACUUCACAUGGUCUUUUGAAGUUUUUGUUGCUCCAUCCAUCCACACGAAAACUCGAGUGGCUCAAUCUCAUGUUUGAUGUAACAAAACCCUCACCACUUUCACCAAAAGACUUUGACACUAUUGUCCAUUAUCUGCCUCGAUCCGCCAGUAACAAGAUGAGAUAUUUAAAUCUUUCUGGUUUGCCGGUAAAAGAAUCUCAUUUGAAGUCUCUCUCGCAGCUCACCUCCUUGCAAUCGCUCUCGUUUGGCCAUGCUGACAUUCCUAUAGACAAAUUGUCGAAGUUCUUGACCCUGUUGCCAGAACUCAAAGUUGUCGACUUGACUGGAAACCCCUAUUUGAGUCUGUGGGCUGUACAAGGAAGCACUGCAUUGUUCAACGCUAAUCCGAACAUUGACAUAUUUGAGUUCUCUGCUGAUAUGCUUCUUAAACUUAAAGGAAUCAGUAUUCCAGGUUUUGACAUUGAAAUCGGCAGGGCACGUAGAGGGUGGAUUUACCGUAAAGUCAAGGCUCAAGAAGAACCUGUUUCUGAAGUGGCCACCAACACGACCUUCCCCGAGGCUUCUUUGGCACCAAUUUCUCCAACCAGGUCUUCCGGCUUUUCGUUUGCGAAUUUUGCCCAGGAGCGUCUUCGUCAACGCUCUGUGUCACCGCCCUUGGGCAUCAAUGGACCAAUCUCGAACACUCAUCAGAGCAGAUAUGGACAGUAUAAAUUUCACAAUCCACCUGUGACUCCAUUUUUGCGUAUAGACCAGUUGCCAGCUUGGGAAUAUGCUUCGCGUAAGAUCAAUAUGUCUGUGAUUAAUGUUGCGGGAACGUCGAUGAAUGAUGCAUGUGAAUUGCGCGGUAUCUAUGCUUAUUAUGGCUAUCAUAUUUAA